AUGCGUCUUUAUUGGAGCAAGCUCGUUCAGCACCUUAGAUCGCCUGGGGAACUUUGCUCGUUUCUUUCUAAAAACGGCGGUCUACCGGCGCUCGUUCGUGAACCACCGUCGCUUGCCGACUCCGAGCCGUGCACCUGGCGUGGUGCCAAGAAGAAAGCUGGUGGCAGUUCACGUAACGGGCGUGACUCCAUAGCCAAACGUCUGGGUGUCAAGACAGGAGAAGGCGUUCAUGUUCGCAUCGGUCAGGUGCUGGUGCGCCAACGAGGUACCCGCUGGCUCCCCGGCGAGCGCGUCGGGGUUGGUCGUGACGACACCAUCUACGCCCUAGCGACGGGUCAAGUGAGGUUCAGUCGUCGUAGCCGUGACGGCCGCACAGUUGUGAAUGUGGUACCUGUGGCCGAUGAACGCGAUCUGGCUGCUAAUUCGCGGUUCGCUACGAGUCAAACAACUGUCCUGGGGAGUCCGUCGACAGGUACCGCAACACAGUGA